ACAACAAAAUACUAAUCUUCAAAAUCAUAUUAAUCAGUUUAUUCAGAAGCAGGAUAAUUCUCAAAAUGAUCUUACUUUAAUAACUAUAACUUAUAAUAAUGAACGGAAAGAACUUCUGAGGUAUCAAAAAUAUGGUAAAGAAUUAUAG